AUGGCUUCAGCAAAGCAAGUUUAUAUUGGCAUUAUCGGUGCCGGCGGCGUAGGAAAGGCUUUCCUGUCGCAGCUCGAGCAGCUCGCCAAGCGCCCCUCAGGCCCCAAGCUCGUCCUCUGCUACAUCUCUACCUCCUCCAAGUCCCUCUACCACAGCAACUACACCCCGCUCGACAUCUCCAGCGCCAUCUCACAGCUCCAGACGAACAGCGUCGGCGCGCCGCCCGCCCUGCCCAAGGUCGUCGAGUACCUUGCCUCCGCGCCCGGCGGGUCCAAGGCCGUGCUCAUCGACAACACCAGCAGCCAGGACGUUGCCGAGUCGUACCCGGCCUUCCUCAGCCGUGGCGUCAGCGUCGUCACCCCCAACAAGAAGGCCUUCUCGGGCAGCUACAAGCUGUGGCAGGACAUCUUCGGCGCCGCGGCGGCCAGCGGGGCCAAGGUGUACCACGAGUCGAGCUGUGGCGCGGGCCUGCCCGUCAUCUCGACGCUCAACGACCUGGUGGCCACCGGCGACGAGGUCACGCACGUCGAGGGCGUGUUCAGCGGCACCAUGUCGUUCCUGUUCAACUCGUUCGCGCCCACCGAGGGCGCCGGCGGCAAGUGGUCCGCCGAGGUCAAGAAGGCAAAGGAGCUGGGCUACACGGAGCCCGACCCCCGGGACGACCUCAACGGCCUCGAUGUGGCGCGCAAGCUGACCAUCCUGGCGCGUCUGGCGGGCCUGCCCGUCGAGUCGCCCACGUCCUUCCCCGUGCAGAGCCUGAUCCCCAAGGAGCUGGAGUCCGUGGCCAGCGGCGACGAGUUCCUGCAGAAGCUGCCUGAGUUCGACUCCCAGAUGGAGGAGGUCAAGGCGUCUGCCGAGAAGGAGGGCAAGGUGGUCCGGUUCGUGGGGAGCAUCGACGUGGCCAGCAAGCAGGUCAAGGUGGGCCUGGAGAAGUUCGACCGGUCACACCCUAUCGCGGCGCUCAAGGGCUCCGAUAACAUUAUCAGCUUCUACACUAAGCGGUACGGAAGCAACCCUCUGAUCAUCCAGGGCGCCGGCGCAGGCGGUGAAGUCACCGCCAUGGGUGUGACAAGCGAUCUCCUCAAGGUGCUGUCCCAGAUAUAG